UAAACACAGUCGCCGGCGCAGGCAGGCGUAGUCAGUCAGUCGUUGAUCAGUGUUAAGAGCGGACAGUUACUCAAAGGCACGCGCCUAUCGACGCGCGCGCAGCGAACGAAAUACGAUUUUCGAAUUAUUAACUUGUGGUGUCCCCCUAGGGAAUGUUUUGGGUCCUGUGUUUUUGAAAGUUAUAAAACAUAUAUUUUGAAUCAUUUGUGUGUACAUGUGCUUGUGUAUCGUGGUCCAUUGUGUUGAUGCUGACAUGCAUGAUUCAAAAACCAGCAAAAUGAUACCCCACUCUACGUGACACCCAGUGUACGAAGUGUACAGUUUUACAAGAAGUGAACAAAAAGUGUACAGUUUUACAAGAAGUGGUACAGUUUUACAUAAAGUGUACUUUUUAGUGUACAUAUGUGUGAGAAGGGAUUGCGUAGUGAUAAAAUGACGAACAUUACUCCUGAGACCAGGAUUAUGAUGAUGAGGUCUAACGAUGGAAGAAACAGUUAUAGGAGACAGAUCCUGGCAGCUCUCGCGGUCUCCCUGGGGCCGUUCGCAGCCGGUCUCAGCAAGGGAUACAUGUCACCCGCCAUAGCGUCGAUGCAGGACUCCAGUCUCCACGAGGGGGGGUUCACUGUCAGUGAUCAGCAGGCCAGCUGGAUCGCUAGCCUUAGUUUAUUAGGUGCAUUCGUUGGCGGUAUAAUGGGAGGCUUCGCGAUGCGUCUCGGUCGCCGCUCAGUGCUGAUCGCGACUGCUCUACCGUACACCCUCGCCUGGCUCGCCACUGCUCUGUCCACCAGCGUGCACAUGAUCUCUGCCGCGUCAUUCUGCGGGGGCAUGCUAAUCUGCUGCAUCAUUAUGACGACACAAGUAUAUGUCACAGAAAUAGCAGUUCCCGAAAUCAGAGGAUGCCUCAGUUCAGUUCUCAAAAUUCUCAGCCAGAUUGGUAUCCUGAUAUCAUUCUCCAUCGGAGCUUACCUGAACUGGUACCAACUCGCUCUCAUGGUGGCCGCGGCACCAAUACUCCUAUUCUUCGCUCUCUUCUUCAUACCAGAAACUCCAUCUUCCCUCCUGCUGAGAGGGAAGGACCAGGAAGCAGAAGAGUCAUUACAAUGGCUCCGAGGACCUGAAGCAGAUAUCCGACAAGAAUUAGCAACGAUACGAACAAAUAUAUUAGCCAGUAAACUAUUCAACGGUGAUAACACAGGGAAGUUUAAAGCUUUGCUGUCCAAAAGGAUGACGAGGCCAGUUUUAAUAACUUGUGGCCUGAUGUUCUUCCAACGAUUUACUGGAGCAAAUUUAUUCAACUUUUACGCUGUCAAAAUGUUCAAGAAGACAUUUAGGACGAUGAACCCUCACGGCGGUGCAAUAGCGACUAGUGUCGCUCAACUAUUAGCGUCAUGUCUAUCAGGAAUGUUGAUAGACAAUGUUGGCAGACUACCACUGUUGAUGAUAAGUGGCGUGAUGAUGUCGAUAGCACUCGCCGGUUUUGGAUCUUAUGCCUACUACGAAGAAGUGUUUCGAAAUUCAUCUGAUUUGAUGCAAUCAGAACCGACCUAUGACUGGAUUCCUUUGCUCUGCGUUCUAACGUUUACGAUCGCGUUCUCUUUGGGCAUCAGCCCUAUAUCUUCAUUGCUCAUUGGAGAACUAUUUCCUCUUGAAUACAGGAGUACCGGCAGUGCUCUAGCUACCAGCUUCAGUCAUCUUUGUGGCUUCGUGAAUGUGAAAACAGCCACAGACUUCCAAGAUUACAUAGGACUUUACGGACUCUUUUGGAUGUACGCAGGUAUAUCAGUACUAUGUCUCUUAUUCGUCGUACUUUUCGUCCCAGAAACGAAAGGACGUGAGAUAGACGAAAUGGAUCCGAAAUACGUUGAAUCUUUAUGUAUUAAUCGAUAGUCUUUGUUGUAUGUUUGUCAUGGUUUGUUUUAUAGAAGACGCUGGUUAAGCGCGUGAUGAGGAAAAUGGAGAUUAUGACAUAUUAGCUAUAGACACUGUUCUGCUAGUCACAAGCAAAGGAACUAUAUAUUGGUGUUGAGCAGGUCUUAGCUUCCGUGCGCUUAUCAGCACAUGUUGUCUUCAAACCAGUAUUAAUGUGUAGUAUUUCCCUGAAAGUGCCUUAAUCUUAAAAAGUUCCUCUAUUCAUCACAAGACUUGAGAAAUUGCAUCGGGAACAGUCGUGCUAAAUAUAUCUAAAUGGUGCUUGUAAUGAGUAAUGUAAAUAAAGUGUUGUGUAACUAAAUUUAAAUCAUUCAAUGCUUUUAUUGAAUUGUUAGUUAUUGACUUUAGUAAAUCUAAAUGUAUAUUUUAUUUAUAAUAAAUCUGUACUAUUGUUAUUAAUAUCAAAAUUAUCGUCAUAAACUGAAUUUAUUGCUAUUGUGCUUCCAAAAUCUGAUGCAAUUUCAAAAUUAUCUAUUUUCUUGUAGAUAACAUUUUAUUAUAUAAAUGUUAAGAGAUCUGAAUAUUUUCAGCUGUUUAUUGUAUUUGAGAAACUAGUGAUAUUUAUUGUAAAUAUAGUUUAGAUGAUUUUGAACGGACUUUUUCAUGAGUGAAGUCUGAGUAUGUUGUUCUAAGCCUAUCUGAAUAGGCUUCAACUAAAAUGAUUUUGAGUGAAACAACUAGGCUUCAUUUAUGAUUUAGUUUAUUUGUAUUAGAGAGCUAUGAGUAUCAUAUUAUUGGUUGGGAAAAUGAAUCUUAAUAAAUACAAAAACGGAAAAGACCCUUAUGUUGAUGUUUUAAAGCUAAUAUUAUUAGCUUUUUCAAGUACCUGUUGAUAUAAUAAUCUGAUUUUUUAUAGAAUGGUAACAAAUAGGUAAUUUUAAAUCAACCAGUAAUUUUGUAACCCAACCAAUGAUAUUAUACUCAUUGUAAUGUACGGGUAUGGAAUACAGUCGCGAGCACUAGUGCUCACAAAUUGUUUUAAAAAUGUAUCUUAUACAAAAUAUUAUAAAACUGUAUUAUAAUAUCGAAUAAAUAAUUUGUUGAAAGUAUUACACCUUUGUGUAGGUACAGUCGUGCAUAGUAUAAUUAUUUUUACUCCAGUGACAAUGUCAUAAUACUUUGAUAAAAUAAUGAUGAAUUUUGCAAUUUUAUUUUGUAAAAUUUGGUGCUAAAACCGGUGCCUUGCAUUUUUAUAAUGUUUUUUUUUCGAUUUUAUAUUUAGAGCUAUUGAGAAAGCGAGUGUAAAUAGAAACAGUAUUAUUAAGUUUUGUAAAUAAGUAUAUAUUUUAAUGAAUAUUUAUGUAUUAAGUUAUGUGUUACAAAAACACGUUGCCAUACGAGGAAGCUAAUUCUAAUUAUUAUUGAUUUGUACUUAAAAAUCGAAUUUAAGUGUUUCAAUAAAAACUUUGUGACCCUA